AUGGCUCGGAAAUCUAAGAAGAAGCGUGCAGCAUCCCCUAGGCAGCAGAUCAUAGAACGAAUCAAGAAAUCCAAGGGCUCUGAGGGGUCCCCCGAAAACCAGGCGAACAAAUCAACAGGAAAUCGGCGAGAGAACACGCUCUCCGUUUUAAACGACGACGGUAGUAUUUUGAUUAGCCUCGCGGUCGACGAGAAACGCAUGCGAUCAACAUGUUCAAAAUGGCCAGACCUACAGGUAUUGGGAAUUGGGCACAAGAGACUUCAAAUCAAAGCUGUUGACUUUGAAGAAGAAAAGGCCAAGGAGGCCCUCAGGGCCGUCAUCGACAUCAUUCACAGAAAGAACGACGGCCGUCACUAUACAAACGCCGACCCACGCCUCCUAUUUUACUCCAUACUCAUUCACGAAUCACUUGGAGCACCUCGCUCUAUCAGCUACCCCGAGGACAGGGAGCGUGAUCUGAUUUUCCCUCGAUACUUCCCGUUCUUUUCGACUAAUAGAAUCAAGCGGGUCGUUGCCGAUCUGACAGAACAGGCCAAGUACUUGUAUCGAGUGAGAGACUGGUUAUUGCUAGCUGUGGUCGCUCACAAACUCAAACUCGAGCCGAUCCUGGGUCUCAUCCGUGAUAAUCUGGUCCUAUUCUUGGAAGCGGGCCAGAAAGAUGUGCCCAACGAGCUGAGACACGGACAUAACAAGGACUACGAAUGGGCGUUGAUACAAGAACUACAACUGAUCAGUAAGACAAUAAACGGUGAGAGAAAUUUGGACUUGAAACUGACACACAUCUCGGCAGACGAUCGAAUGCUUGACCAGCGACUAGUGUGCGUCGAAAGGACCUUCCACGCGCUACGCCUUCUCUCACACCAAGUCUACUACAUGGACAACGGCAUGCUUCCUACUCGAGAGGAGUUUGAUGCCUACCGAGAGUACAAUGUGGCGGUAUGCCCAGAGUGUUACUCGAUCCCCUCAGAGGACUUUCACAGAAAAUUCUCGGAGGCAAACCUUUGGCCUCUGUUUGCCAGCUCGGAUAUCACAUAUCAGGGCUCGGUCAUAGGCCUGAUUCGUAAGAUUCGGAGUAUAGAAGAGCAUUUGGUUGACAAGGCGAACCGCGAUGUGCCGCCCAGAGAACGACAUGAGUGCAAUCAGCUCACACAUCUUUACGAUCAUCUUAGGAACCUUAGAAAAGAGCUCUUCCUCUAG